AUGAAGCCAGUGCCAUAUUCACCUUUCAUGAUGGCGCGCCCGCAACACCUCAUCGAGUUCGUCAAUCAGGUGAAAUUGGUCGAAGAGUGGACGGCCGCGGUGACGGAGUUGAACGAGAAAAUGGAACGCAUUCAAAUGGGCGAACGAAUCGACGAUCCAGAUUUAGAGCAAAAGUUGCGCGAAAACAAUCCACACUGUCAAAAGGGUAAGGAAAUACCGCUCAAAAUGCAAAGCUUCUUGACGAAUUACGCCGUUGAGCAAACAAAAGAAUACGUGGCACAGGCAAAGUUAGAGAUUAUGAACGACGCGAUGUUGCAACGAAAAGUCCCGCCAACGCAAGAGUUACCUUAUUGUAAAGCCGAGAAAAUCUCGAUUCUCUACGAUUAUCUUGAUGCAAUGCCGGGCUUCAAAAACUUUGAUGAACUAAUAAUCGAUCAUGCUCCGGAAUUGGUGUCGAUUUGCGCUCCGCUUUGGGAAGGGAUUUCAUUGUUACCCGGUGAGACUCGAGUUGACGCAAUGGGCAGAUAUCUAGUCGCUUUGUUAACUGACGUCGAUACGAAGAUUUCCCAAUCUCCUUAUGUGUAUUUGAGUGCCGCCUGCUAUUGGAGAAUCGUUGGCGAGGCGUCUGAAGCGUAUCAAUGUGCGAGAGCUGCUUUGCAAGCUGCCGCCAAUUUCAAAUCCGAGCUCGAACCCUACGCAGUGCUCACCCUCGGCAAUUUGAUGUUAAUGGCGAAACGGGACGAGGAAGCGGUUAUUCUGCUAGAUCUAGCUGCACACGAUGCGCAAGCGAUGGGCGCUGAUCAUCACUCUCUGUCAACGAUCGCUUUCGGAGUCCUCGGUGACGCGUAUGCAAUCAGCGCAAAUCUUUCGAUGGCUGUGAAAUCUUAUGGAAAAGCACUGGAAAAAGCUCAGACGGCCCAACUCCAAAACAUUGACCCCGAAAUAUGGGCGAAGAAACAAGGAACCCUCAUCUGCACACAGACAAUUCAAGAUGAACUCCAACAUCAAGAGAGUAAUAUUCGAUCAAUCAUCGACAACAAACACGCCUACAAUGAUUUGGUUGAGAAAGUGGAUCGCUUGGAAAAAGAGGUGCGAAAACACGUGACCUCUGAUGAAAAACUCCUUCAACACUACCUUCGCUAUGAUCAAGCAAAGUUCGGUGUAUCAAAGUUGCGCAAAUGCACAACGAGAGUGAUUGGGAAGAGAAAAUUGGAGGAAAUCCACUGUCGAAUCACCGAUCCAUCCACUUAUGAUUCGACUUUCUCCGAGCUCCGAAACGGGAAAACGAAUCAGAAACAUAAAAAGAAGAAUGUCACCGAGUGGAAAACGGCCGAGGUUUGGCGACGGGAGAGAUCGUUCGACAAGAAUUUAGCGCCAUUCGUCGGAAUGGAAAUCGACGAGGCGCCGAUGAGCAAGAAAUAUCCACUUGAGAAAAGCACUCUAACAAAACUCUCGAUGGAUCGCUAUUGGAGAAGAGCCGAUUGGCCGAAUACGUACGAUUGCACGAAGGGAAUGAUCGCUGAGGAGGAUUUAUUUCACAAAAACUCGAUUCGACCGUAUUUCAUCUCACCGGAUAACAAAGGAUUUAUUGUCGCUGAUCUUUUGACGAAAUAUCUCGGUUUGGAGAUCUCGGAAGAGCAUCCACUACCAUGGGAUGAACCCAAGUGUGGAGAUUAUCAAUUCCAUGAAGGACUAAUGCUCAGGGACUUCAAAGUUCUAAUAGAAGCCUGGAAUGAGCCGAUUGUCUAUGCAGAGCCAGAGUUGAGAUCAAUCUUUGUCCGUCUUGCUGAUAAACGUUUGGAGUUAAUGGACGUUGCGCAAAGAAUUCGAACACUUAUUGAAAAAAAAAUUGGCCCAAAAUGGAUUGCGUUGAAUUUGGCCGCUCUCUAUUAUCGAGUUAUCGGGAAACCGCAAGAAGCAGCUCGUUGUGUGCUCGUUGCAGCGAUGGAAGGGCCAAAAUUCGCUGACGUCGCUUUCUCGCAAUUGGCGCAAAUCGUGGUGCGAGUUACUGGAAGUGCUGAGGCUUCGAUUGACAUCAUGAAGAUUGCGGCUGAUUUUGGAGCUGAUGAGCCACUCUAUCACUAUUUGCUUGGUCGUUUCAAUGUGAUUGCUUAUCGAGUGGAUGAGGGAAUCGCCUCAUUGAAAGAAGCUCUUGAUCGAGAUCCAUCUUUCACAGCGGCGCGAGAUGAUCUUCUUCAACUCGUUUGCAAGGGAAAGACGUCAACAGUUGGUGUACGAGAUCUUUUCCCGAACGUUUGCUGCUCGUCGUUGAUCCAAAAUGCUGUCUGCAUUCGGCCUCCAAAAUCUCCGGAACGUUGUUACGAAGUUGAUGAGGAGUCAAGAAAACUCGUUUAUGUUCGAUGCAAUGGAGUGUACACGGGAGUUUCCUACAAAACUCAUCCGAUCGUCAGUCUUGUUUCACCGUUUUUAACCGUUUUCCCGAAGGGCUCGAGACGUGACAUCAUUCGUUAUCACGUCGAUGUGGGCAGAGUGCACACGGUUGAGCACGAAGAGCUGCCACUCGACUACGGUGGUCCAUCAUCAUUUUUUGUCAAACACGAUGAAUGGUGGAAGAGAGCCACUCCAAAAAUUCAAUGGAAAAAGCCAGAAGCGGAAGAAAAGGUUAACUGGGUGGAAACUGUUGAAUAUCAACAACCAGAGAUUCCGCCGCGUCCUUUAUCAUUCUUGUGGAUUAAGGAUAAAAAGGAGAUGCUUAGAUAUGACAUCAAGUUGCCGGAGGUCCUACCACGUCCAUUAGCCUCUCAGGUUCGAGCCGGACUUCAAGUCUUCCCACCACCGAGAACGGCCACUCAAAUGUGUAGUGGAGUCACAAAACUCUCAACCCUUAUCGAAGCUCCCGUUCCCACUUGGGUCUCGGUGACGGCAAAAGGAGAGGAUCUGGAAAAAUAUAUUGACAUCCGAACUCCAGUCCCUUCCGUUGCUAACCUCGUCCCUGAAUGCCCGACUCCAAAAAAAGAAAAAUACUCUCCAAUUCUUUCGCUUGAUCAUCUUCCAAUUGGACCGCUAGCUGAUCAAUUUUUGUUUUACAAACCAGAGAAAGGAUUGACUGAGGCUCUGAAAUCUCUCGGCAAUGAUCGAGAGAGUAUCGACCAUGUGGCGGCUAAACUCCAUCAUGCAAUCAAAUUCUCGCAAGCCACCUCGGAAAUGAAUGGUGAAGGCGGUGAUGUGCAUUGGUUGUUGACAUUGGUUUCUUCGUUGUAUUGGAGAGUGGUCGGCGAUGCGCCGAAAGCGAUCGCCUGUUUGCGACACUCGCUACAGAAUGCGCCACCGCAUAUGCGAGAUGUGGCGUUGGUGGCUCUCUCGAAUGUCUGCCAUCAGGCGGGCCUACUUCACUCGGCGCUCGUCACCGCCGGGAUGGCCUUCGAGCAAUCACCACAACUCGCUGCCAUUCACGUCACCAUUGCGAAUAUCUACGCAAGCAUUGGUGACUACGAGAAAGCGCUCGAGUUCUACUACUCGACGCUCUCCCUUCAAAACAAUUUCGAGCCAGCGAAAGCCCGAAUUCGUGCCAUCUACUGUCAUUCGGGUCAAACAUUCAAUUUUCAGAAU